AUGUCUCGCGAAGGCUACGUGAUGCCACAGGGGAAUUCUUUAAGCACUUGUGGCGUGGAGAUGUGGACGAAGAGAAGAAGAUUGUUCUUGAAAGAGGCCUCAAGCGUGCUCUGUUCCGAUGCUCGGUUCAUCUCUUGGCAGUGUCUGCGACCAGCAUAUUUCAACCUCGCCGGUUAUUUUAUUGGGUCAGAGUUGCAAGGCUUGACAGGUGGAGUAUACCAGGCUCUUGAUACACUAUGCCUGCAGGUGACAGCAAAGCUCCUGGAACUGCUGAUCGUCGCCUCUCUGGGAACGAUUCUCAUGGACGCUAUGCGCCACCAACUGCUAUUCUCACGCGAAGGCCUACCUUUGGGGAUCUUGGCCUCCAAACAACAAUUCACCGAGAUGGAGUAUCUCAUAUCUCCCGAGUUUCGAUUUGGUCUUGCAGGCUUCGCCCGCCGCCGUAAGCGACUGCUGUUCGGCCUACUCAUUCUCGCAUCGAGCCUUAUUUCACUCUUUGCUGGCCCUUCUGCCGCCUUGUUAUUGAUUCCGACUCAGCGGUCAAACUGGCCAGCAGGAGGUGCUUCUUUUUGGCUUGCAGGUGGUGACGAGAUUCUCUGGCCCUCUAAGCUGACAGCCUCGUCUAUAGGAGAAUCUGAUUGCGAAUCCCCUACUAUGCAAGAACUGAGCACUGAGACCUUGAACUCCUCAGGGUGUAUCUGGGCUGGCUAUUCCUCGCUUGCCGAAGCUUUCAAACAAAGACACUUUAGUAAUGGGAUUGACCUAGUCCUUGAUGACGGCGUACUCAAACGUGAUUUUGUUAUACGACCAAGAGGUGAAGUGGCAGAGACAUGGGUCCUUGCAAUUCAUAUGGCCGUUGGGGUUCUUUCCAGAAAUCUCGCUGGAGCUUGGUACCAGGCGCUAACAGAAAUCUCUACGUCAAGCUGGCACCAUACGCUUCGGUAUCGAACUCACAACGCGACCCUAGGUUCCGUUCAGAGCUGGGUUCCAGCAGUACGAGCAGAUUGUGGUAUAACCAACUCGCUCUUCUAUAAUAUCUCGGGCUUAGAGUUGGGGUACCCUGAUCUCCCAGAAUACGGUGUCCGCCUCGAUCUCAAUUACUGGAUCGAAACCAGUUUCUCCAUUUCGUCUAACAUAAGUGCACAAUGGAUAGCAGUCCCGGAGACCGCUCAAUUGAGCGACAACUCAUACACGACCGAUGUGCCCAGCGCGUUCUUGAUUGUGCAGAUACCUUAUAGCGAAUCCAACAACACGGGAACAACUUUUACCUGCUCCGUCGACGCCAGAUGGGCCAUGGGGACCUACUCUGGCGGGCCCGUGGGAGAUCUGGACGCAGACUAUGUCCAAACAGCUACAAUCCAGAACACGAGACCCUUUGACCCUGAUCUCCCAGGCUACCAAUACAACUUCCUUCCUAUCGAUGACGGCUCCUGGCGACGAGUCCAGAUAGACGUAGACUGGCUCAACACCCUGACUCCUUCCCCCGGGCGCAGCACGUCCGGCUGGACCAGCCUCGCCGCCCUUCUUACAGACAUGGGCAUGGACAACAGUACGGGCAUCAUCAUCAACUGGGAUGACGUGCCUCCAGUGCUAGAAACCAUCAUCGCAACCCUCGUCGCAGACGGCAUGUCGCGUCAGGGGUACGCCGCCAACGGGGGCUCCUCGACGCACAUCUCCGACGCGUCGAACAUGCUGCCGUGGGAUAAUUCGGUAUCGAGCCAGCAGAGCAUUCUGGCGGGCACGUACGCGUUCCCACCUUCCGUAGGCACAGCUACCCCGCUGCAUUGGUCCGUCGUUGUCAGCGGCUACGCCUACCGCGCUGACAGCCUCGCAUACUACCUUGCGCUGACGGUGCUGUUCGUGCACGCAGCGCUCGCACUUGGCCACGUGGCAUACGUGCUUUGGACCCGCGUCUGCUGCGACGCAUGGGACUCGUUUGUUGACCUUGUAGUCCUGACCGCCAAGUCGGGUAUGCCGGGGGCUUCCGGGGCCGUCGAUGUGUUCAAGAAUGCAUCCGCGGGCAUCGAGCGAUACCGGACGAUGAGCACGCAGGUGCGUGUGAUGUCUCUGCCUACAUCGGGUGCUACUGCGAGCCAGGAGGACGUCAAGAUUCUCUUCGGUGACAAAACACCUACGGCUGGGUAUCAGGCGUUGGAGAUUGACAAGCCUUAUGGGUAA